AUGACGUCAGCCGACUUUUUGGAGGGGCAAAGCAAGGAUUGUUCAGACACUUCGACAUCAGAGCACAGAAUGGGCGACACCACGGGUCCACGUCCCUUAGAACGGUCUGUGCUUAUUUUAUAUGGCUCCGAAACUGGCAAUGCACAGGAAGUGGCCGAGGAGUUGGGCGCCUUGACCGAGCGGCUCCAUUUUGUGACACAUGUUUCUGAGUUGAAUCUAUGCAAGCCGGAAUCCCUUUCUUUAUACACAUUCGUCAUAUUUGUGACCUCCACAACCGGACAAGGCGAUUUUCCAGCCAAUGCGCGGUCUUUUUGGAAGUCGCUCUUGCUGAAGAAGCUACCCGCGACAUUUUUGAAUGGUGUAAACUUCACUUGUUUUGGGCUGGGUGAUAGCUCUUAUCCCAAAUUCAAUUGGGCGAUACGCAAGCUCUAUAAACGGCUCUUACAGCUUGGCGCAAACGAAAUCUAUCCUACGGGCGAAGCAGACCAGCAACAUCCAGAGGAACUCGAGGGAACCUUUCUACCAUGGAUGACGGAUUUUCGAAAACAUUUGCUGGGCAGACAUCCUCUCCCUGCUGGACAACACCCGAUCCCAGAGGAUGUGCAGCUCCCACCAAAGUGGAAAUUACAGUUGGUGGGGGAGAGCGAUCCCCUCCCAACACUCCAAGCUGGCGUCACAAAGGAACACCAAGCUUCUGCAGAUGAACAUCCGGGACUACACCAUCUGGACCAUGACUCCCGACCUAUCCCACACUCGCUCUCUGCAACGUUGACCGAAAAUCGGCGCAUUACUCCACGAAAGCAUUGGCAAGAUGUGCGCCAUAUUACCCUGACCGUCCCAGACUCUGUUUCUUACGUUCCCGGGGACAUGAUCGCCAUCACACCGAAGAGUUCUUCUGUUGAUGUUCAAACCCUUAUUGACUUGAUGGGCUGGAACAAUCAGGCAGACCAACGAGUCUCACUCGUUCCAACAGGAAAUAUUCCAUCGCCACCACCCAUUCUCGGCCUCGACUCUUAUCCCAACCUCACCCUCCGAGCCCUUCUCACAGACUAUCUCGACAUUAAAGGGAUACCCCGCCGAUCAUUCUUCGCCACAAUUGCACACUACACCAAUGAUGAAAUGCAUAAAGAACGGUUACUAGAAUUUACAAAUCCCCAAUAUAUCGACGAGCUGUGGGAUUACACAACACGCCCACGACGUAGUAUACUGGAGGUCCUGCACGAGUUCGAUACCGUCAAAAUUCCCUGGCAGCACGCGAUAUCUGUUCUCCCAGCCAUGCGGGCCCGCCAAUUUAGCAUUGCCAGCGGUGGAACACGCAAGCAAACUGCUGAUGGCAAUACACGAUUCGAACUCCUCAUUGCUAUUGUCAAAUACCAGACUGUGAUCAAGAGAAUCCGCGAGGGAGUCUGUACCAAGUAUCUGUCCGUCCUCCGUCCAGGUAGCACCCUUCAAGUCCAGCUCCAGGCCGGCGGUCUCAAGUCUUCAAUUCAGCAACUGACCGCAGCGACCGUGCUCAUUGGGCCGGGCACUGGAGUUGCACCCCUGCGCUCCAUGCUUUGGGAGAAAGCGGCACUUGUGCAGGCUUACCGCGAGCAAAAUCCGGGCGUCAGCCCACCAAUCGGCCCUACCAUUCUCCUAUACGGAGGCCGAAACCGAGAAUCCGAUUUCUUCUUCGAGGAAGAGUGGACCGAGCUUAGCAAGCUUAUUCCAUUACAGGUACUUACUGCUUUUUCGCGUGAUCAGCAACGUAAAGUCUAUGUGCAAGAUACCGUGCGCGAGAACUUUUCGCUCUUCUUCCGUCUGUUGCAUGAUAUGCAGGGGUCCGUUUAUAUUUGUGGUUCCUCGGGUCGCAUGCCUCAAGCUGUGCGUGAGGCGCUCAUCGAAGCGUUUCAACAUGGUGGAGCUCCUUUGCCGGGGCAGCCUUUCACUCGUUCCCAGGCUGAAGGUUAUCUCACUGGCAUGGAGCAAAGUGGCCGCUACAAACAAGAAACUUGGUGA